UCCUCUCUUUUUUUUUUUUUUUUUUUUUUUUUGCGCUUAUUUUAGCCUCAGUCCCGCUUGUUUAAAUCUCUCUGCGCUUUUUACGGUUAUUAUUUUACUUUUUUGUUUUUAUAUACUUAUACAUUUUUAUAUGAUGCGGCUGCUUUCCGUAUACUCACCGCGAAACACGAUUAUUUCCGAGGUUGUUUUCUGGUCCAACAUCCCCUCAGUGUUUGCUUUUUGUUUGCUGCUUUCCCUAAACAUGCACCAGUAACGGGAAAAGCCGGAUAAAUGCACCUGCCGCAGAGGAGAUAUUCAGCUUUUCAAUUCGAAGAGGUGUGUGGGCCCUGGGUGCAGCCUGGCCAGUGCUGGAGAGGCGAUGAAGAACCCAGGAUCUGCGGAGAGCCGUCGGCUGGCCGUCCUGUUGGAGGCCGCUCUGGUCCGGGAGGCUCGCCUAUGGAAGGUCCCCGUCUUCAAGAAUGGAUGCAUCCAGGGCACUGACACCUCUUCAUCCCAACACCAAGAAGUGAUCCUUUGGCUCGGAGAGAUGAGCAGGCUGUUCCAGUUCUGUCCAGAGACGUUUGCACUGGGAGUGUGUGUCCUGCACCGACUGCUGUCUGCUGUCAAGGCUCAACCCAAAUACUUGAAAUGCAUUGCUUUUACCUCACUGAUCCUGGCUGCCAAAAUCAAUGAGGAGGAUGAGGUAAUAGGCUCUGUUAAAGACCUAGUUGUGCAGAGCGGAUGCAACUUUUCAACAGCGGAGAUUCUUCGCAUGGAGAGGAUCAUUCUCGACAAGCUGCACUGGGACUUGUACACCGCAACACCAGUCGACUUCAUUCACAUAGUAAGUUAGAAUUCAGUAGACAGACAGGCAAACAAAAUGCUUUUUUUUUUUCUUCUUCUUUUUUUUUUUUACUGGGUCUCAAUUGUCAAAGUGUCUCAGAAACGCUUUGUCAAUUCGGGACCCAAGCUUGUCGGAAAAAAAACACAGCAGUACAAAAAGCACACGUCACAUCAUCAUGCCUGCAUUUUCUUCGCACAGAGAGGAUGUUUACAAACCCACAACAACAAACAACCCAAACCUGUGCCCUUUCAUUUAAGUUGGUCCUUGUAAAGAUUGUGCAUUCACCACUUGAACUUAUUGUGCCCAUUCCUAUAAACCUACAUUUAGUCCUUUAUUGGAGUGUGUCCUGACCUUUCUGAUAACUCCACCCAGAAACGAACGAAAAUCAUGCUAGUCAACAAGUUGGACAAUAAGAUAAAAUAGAUGUACAUUUGGUUCAAUGCAUCAGGCUAAAAGUGACCUGUAAACUGUCCACCAGUCAAUUUUAUCAUACUAAUAAAAUAUAACCUAACGCUGUUUCCUGACAUCAGCUACAGUAAAAUAAUCCACUUUCUUUACACACUUUACUCCUUUUGCUUUUAUAAAUUGAGAUACAAGGUGUACUUUACUUUAAGUAACUGCUAAUCACAUACUUUUACACCGAUAAACUUGGUGAAUUUCUUUUGCACUCACUUUUUCAUUAUUUGCAUCUGCAGUUUUAAUUUUUGUAACAGUUUGGUGACAGAUUAGUUUCUUUUUUUUUUUUUUUUUUUACUCAGGCCAAAUACCACAAAUGUGCAAAAGUAAAGCAACAAAGACGCAUUUCAGCGCGAGGUCUGGAUAGAGCUGUAAAACAUUUUCUGUAGCCACGUUCGACUGUGUUUGCAAGCUGCCAGCAAAACAACAAGCACGUUGCAUAUCAGGCCAAGGCACUUCUGACUAACUCUUCCCUGCAGCCCUACACUGGAAACCGAAACCCUGCUGCCACGAGAUAGAGAGGGGGGGGGGUGUUUGCAGAUUCUAGAUCAUAUAUGCUGUCAAACAU